UUUUUACUUAACUGUAGUCAAAAACGAAUAGCAACAAAUGUUUCUUUUCGAUGUUCACCUAUUCCGUUAGUGAAUAAUUUAUUAGAAUUACUUUAUUAAAAUAUCAACUAAAUCUAGAAACUUAAAUAUUUCACAAUUAUUUAUCGCAGCAUGGAUAGUUGUUACACUGAGCAUGAUCCAAAUUUCGCUGAUAAGAUUUCUUCAUUAUGCUUUGAAAAAUUUAAAAAGCUACCAAAAACUGGUAAACCGCAAUCCAAAAAAGAAUGGACAUUGCUUGCCGGUAUUGUUUUCUUCAACAAAACGAAUAAAAGAUUCAAAGUUGUGACCCUCUGUACAGGGACCAAAUGCCUGGGGUUCUCUCAACUGACCAAAAAUGGAAAUGUUGUAUUUGAUAGUCAUGCUGAAGUACUUGUCCGAAGAGCUCUUAUUCGAUAUAUUUAUUAUCACAUGUUAUUGGUGUUUGACAAUAAAGAUUCAGAAGUCUUAAUUUUUGAUGAGAGCAAGAACAAGUUUCAAACUAGACCAGAAAUCACAUUUCAUCUUUUUAUUAGCCAUGUUCCAUGUGGCGAUGCAGCUAUAUUUCCCAAACUACUUCCUGCAAAACGUACCUUAGACAAUUCUGUGGAUGAAGAAUCUGCAGAAACAGAAGUUAAAAAAUUAAAGAUGAAACACACAGAAAUAAAUGUUAAAAAUGUGCAAGAUGAACCUGGAUGUCCUAUUUCUUCAGUUCCAGAUAUUUAUAGAACAGGAGCUAAAUGUGUUGACUCUGGUGAGCAGGAUCCAAAAGAAGCCGGAGAAAAGUUCCACGUAACAGGGGUGUUGAGAACUAAACCUGGCCGAGGAGAUCCAACGUGGUCAAUGUCUUGCAGUGAUAAAAUUGCUCUUUGGAAUAUUUGUGGUCUGCAAGGUGCUCUUCUUUCCCUCUGCCUCCAAAAUCCAAUAUACCUAUCUUCUAUUACAUUUGGAAAAUGUCCUUUAAAUAAAGCUGCUGUUGAAAGAGCAGUAGUGCAGAGACUUCUAAAUGUCAAGAAUUUGCCAUUUCUGUAUAAGAUUAAUCAGCCAAAAAUUCUGCAGAGUAACCUUUCUUUUGAAUUUAGUAAAGAAAAUUUAAUGAAAGAAAAUGAAAAUGCUGUUCCAUGCUCAUCAUCAAUUAUUUGGUGUGAUAUACCUAAUUUUUUAAAUGUCAGCGUAAAUGGAAGAAAACAAGGAAUAACAAAAAAGAAUAUGGACAAACCACACUCUAGGAUUGGUGUUUGCAAAAGUGCAUUGUUUGAAAACUUCCUCAGCUUAGUUCUUAAAGAUUCUCAUAAAAUUUUAAAACAUUUUCCUAAAGAUGAUACUAAAUUGACUUAUCUAGACUAUAAAUUGAUGGCUGAAGAUUAUCAAAGUGCAAAAAAGGCAGUUUUAGAAAUAUUUGAUGGCUGGAAAAAGAAACCAGAUCAUUUACAGAAAUUUGAAAUCAUUGUACCUCAAACUUAGUCAAUAAAAAUUUUAAUUAAUUU